AUGCUUAGUAAACACCCACGAGUGAUUGAGAGUGAUGCUCAAACGGUUUUUGAUCUCUUUAGAAGUCAUGGUUUCAGUGAAAAGGAUAUAAAAACCUUGACCAUGAGGCUUCCUAAAUUGUUUAUAUACCAUGUAAAGAAGACUAUAAAUCCAAAGAUCGAGUUUUUGAAAUCUUUGGGGCUUUCAGAGCUUCACAUUGCCAAACUUUUAUCCAAUGAGCCUUAUGUUCUAACAAGGAGCCUUGAAAACCACAUCAUUCCAAGUGUUCAAGCGCUUGUGCGGUUUCUUGGCAGUGAUGUGAGUGCCUCAAAGGCUAUAAAGGGAUGCCACCGGAUGCUUGAAUUUAAUUUUGAAAAGGUACUUGACCCGAACGUAUCAAUCUUUAGGAGCCAUGGUGUACCUGAGUCACUUAUUGUGAAAACGUUCUUAAUUAAUCCAAGAACGUUGCUUCUGAAGGGUUCCAGAGUUAGUGAGAUUAUUGGUGAUGUUAAAGAGUUGGGGUUUGAUCCCAACACAGUGCUAUUUGCUCUAGCUGUUUGUACCAUGGCAAGGAUGAGUAAGGCAUGCUGGGAGCGGAAGUUGGAAACCUAUAGAAGUUUAGGUUUGUCAAAAGAUGAGAUUUAUUCAGCAUUCAGAAAGCAACCCAUGUGUAUGAUUAAUUCGGUGAAGAAGAUCCAUAAGUUGAUGUCUUUCUUCAUGAACAAAUUGAAUAUGAAGCCAUCGAUGAUUUCCAAGAAUCCAGGCAUUUUACUGUUUAGCUUGGAGAAGAGAAUUAUUCCUAGGUGCUCAGUUCUACAACUUUUGUUGUCACAGGGGUUCAUAAAGGAAGAUGUUAAAUUUCCUUAUGUGCUCAAGAUGACUGAUAAGAAUUUCAGGCAGAGAAUUUUGAGCAAGUAUGAAGCAGUGGUUCCUGAGAUUGUCAAGGCAUACAAAGGCAAGACAGAAUUUCAAGGGUUUUCGAGUUCCUUUAAUGUGUAAGUAACUAACUAUGAUGGAAUUGAAUGAUUGAGCCAGUUUUGACUCCUGAAGGAUCCCAAGUUUAUUGACUUAACCAUGUUGGCUGUGGAUGCUGAUCUUUACUCUGUGGUUGAGAAGUAAAAGGAGCAAAAGCAAAAUAUCCAUUGCUGCAGCUUUUGUUACAGUUUAGUCCAGUUUAGUCCACUGGUUAAUGCUGAGAACUCGAGAUGGAUCGGCAUCUGUAGCACUAAACCAUGUGAGCUUGUUUGUGGUAGUUUGUGUAUGCAUACUGGGAAUUGCACUGAGAGUGAUUUCUUACAUGCUGUGAACCUACUGGUAGACAUUAUAUGUGAGACUGCAAAUGUCAAGUCAUUCAAGGGAGUCCAGGUUUGUGAGGCCUUGAGAUCAGUUGUCUAGGUUUUUAGUUGGGGCUUGUAUAAAUUCAUCUAAUCCCUGCCCUCCCGAUCAGUUUAGUUGAGGCUCGUAUUAUUAUUCCAAUAAUAUUCCCGUUGGAGCGGAAAAUUUCGGA